GUUAUGGAGCACCAGUGAGGGAGUUUUUAAGAAGGUGUGUCGUCUUGGGAGGAGUGUUUGAGGGAGGAUUGGAGGUGGAGAGCGACACGGCCUUCAGACUAGCAGCCCUUGCUCUACAGGCAGCCUACGGGGAUUUUAUCCAUGAAUCGUGUACCCGCACUCAACUGAAGAAGAACCAGCUGAUACCCACCAGUGUAAUUAGGGAGCACCCUUCUCUCCAGUACUGCGAGGAGCGGGUAGUUGAAGAGCACCGGACGCUACUGGGAUAUUCUCGAGGUCAAGCCAUUCUGCAGUAUAUGAGCUUGGUGGAGCGGCUUCCUACCUACGGCAUCCAUUACUACGAGGUGCGAGACCGAUCCAACCUUCCAUGGUACCUUGGCCUCAGUCAUAACGGGAUUGCACAGUACGAUUUCCUUGACAAGAGAAAACCUCGACGAGUCUUUUUGUGGAAACAGCUGGAGAAUCUCUACUUUCGAGAAAGAAAAUUUUCUAUAGAAGUUCAUGAUCCAAAGAGAGUGGUGCACACCCUGAGUUCGUUUAACCUGUACGAGGAUGCAAUUGAAGACUCCCGUGACCAUCACCAUGAUGACCUUCUAGCAGCCAUCACCGAAGCUACCACGCAAGUAUCGGUGUCAAGAAGGACAUUUGGCCCUGGCAACGUUAGUGUUUACGUUUGGUUCGCAGAGACCCAGGCGCUCUGCAAGGCAAUCUGGUCCAUGGCGAUCGCACAGCAUCAGUUCUACCUCGACCGUAAAACCUCCAGGAGUGAGGCAACUGGGGUUCGAGAACUACCAGAACUGGCUGUGGAAUUGUCUCGCAGUUGCGUCUCUCUCUCUACACACUCCUCAUCGUCAAAUCUUUCUAGAUCUGGGUCACAUUCAUCUCUGGUCAACAAUUCUUUAGCAGAAGACAGUGCCAGUACAGAGAGCCUCCACCAAGCCAGGAUGGAAAUGCAUAGUGCCCUCAAGCAGCGCCGAGAUGCACUACAAGAGAAGAUAAGAGAAAAGGAGGAAGAACUCAGGUUAUUAUGUUUGCGGGAAGGAGAGUUAACUGGGGCGUUGCCUCCUGAAUAUCCAAUAACACCUGGUCAACCACCGCCAACUGUACGCAAGAGAGUUGGUACAUCGUUUACACUUAGUGAAAACCUUAUUAAUAAAAUUAUUAACAAACAGGAGGAAACUGUAGCAGCAUUAGAAUUAGAGUAUGAAAUUCAAGGUAAAAUUACCAGUGCUGCUUUAAGAUUGGCCACCGAGACAUCAACGAGGAAAGGGUUGAGAAAGCAACGAAAAAUUACAUACCAGCAAUCUGCCCAGCGGUUAAAAGACCUGGAACAUAAAUUGAAAGCUGCAAAGUCCAAGCAGGCAGCCACAGCAAGUGGUAUGCCGAAGCAGAAGAAAAAGCCUCGACCUGUAUCAGACAGCGAGGGUGUGGGUAGUUAUGAGGAGAACACAAACACAAACAAUACAACAAUUAGCAGCAGUCAAGACUCUCCACGGGAAUGCUUACGGGAUCCUCACCACGAUCAUCUAAAUGUGGAAGGCGUAAGUCUGUCUCCCGCACCGUCGUCCCACCCUCCUGUGUCUCCGCGUUCUCCCCUGCUUCCGUCAACACCUGUGAGAGCGAGAGCGAGACGGGACUUGUCGCCAGGGGGUCAUAGCAUAUCUUCUGGAGCAGUUCAUUCAGCACCAACAAGCCCUCAUAAGCAGCCAAAUGGAUCUGUAUGCUCAAGAUCAGCAAGUCCCAACAGACCUCACAGUGGUUACAUCCCAAGCUCUGUCUACACAAGAAGUCAAUACCGAAGCCAACAAUAUCCGACCCUCUCCACGCGAUCGCAGUCAGUCCCGGCGGAUGAAGGGCGGGUCCCACACCCACGUACCACCAAUGGGACAUAUCCAGUACCUGAACCUGACAUCAUUGAGACUCCUGGAGGUCUCUACAACAUCCCACAACAACGCACUUCCCUUGCUUGUCAUAGUGUGGAUGACCUGGACACUUCCACCCUCAUCAACAACACACCCCAACACCAUAACCAUCACCAACCUUACAGACAAAGAACUGACUCCCAGGAUAGGUACGGCAGUCUGGACCGUCGACGCGCCAACAGUGGGAGGCUGGAGUCACGCAGCAUGGAACACCUUGAUUCUCUACCCUCCCCAAACAUUCCCCAACAUUCUCCUCAACACAACAUAUACAACAGUCACCACCACUCAGUUUCACCCCAACUCUUACAUCCAAGCCAUGCAGCAUCCUAUCCACACCACCCACAUUACCACAAUCACCACUUCCACACUUCAGAACAUCAAGAAGUUAUGGAUACCACCUGUGACUCUCACCCAACCACAGCCAAUUGUAGUUUUGACACAGCAUCCAGUGAAAGAUCAGGAGGGGGAGGAGACACAGUGGAUGGACCAGUUCAGUACAGACAUCAAGGAGGAUCCCAGGGAAACUCUCAAAAUUACCGACAUCGUAGCAAGAGUGGUCCUGGCCUGCCUGCACCACCUGCUCAGCAUCAUCGUGGGUCAAAUCAUGGUGCCAUUCAGAGGUCACAGAGCAGCACAGUGCACAGAUUGGUAAGAACAGCCAGUGGAAGAAGUUAUAUGGAAACUACUUUUGUAUUAGAGCCAAAUCACAACCAAGAAAAUAUACCUCCACUUCGUACGUCUUCCGAGUUGCAACCUUUACGUCCAACAAAUGGAAUGCACCAUGAAAAUAUUUCAUCCCUUCAUCCUUCAAUGAACAGUAAUGCAGGGGAUUUUUCUCUGAGACAAACUAUUUCCGAUCUACCACCUCUUAGAGCCAGCAAAUCUAAUAGUGAUAUGCCUCCACUGAAAGCUACUUGUGCAAAGUCAGAGCCACCCAACAGUCAUAGUAAUUCUAUAAAUUCCUCUUUGAGUUCCAUGGCUGAAGAACCAUUAAUCUCUCUAGCAGAGGCAGCUAGGAUGAAAAAGGAAAGGGGAAAAGAGUGGUAUGAGACUUCGUUAGAUUCUCCAGCUUCUGGACGUCGAACCAAAAAGAGUACAAGUAUGAUUGAGAUGAAUGACUCCUGUCAGAGUAAUGGUAAUGUAUCUGCUAGCCAGUCUAACUUAAACCUCAGUGGUAGUAGUGUAGGUAGCACCAGCAGCAGCACAGGCAGUGUCUUCCAAUCUCGCUCUGAUUCAGCUGAUACCUCUCAAGCAUCUGUUCCUUAUGAAUCACCUCGUAAUCACAUGAUAAUUUCUGCAGGAACUUAUCAGCCCUCAAGAGAAGUUUCAAAGCCAUUUGAAAUGUCAGACUUCUACAAGUAUAGUACAAAGUACAGACGUCAAAGCUCUAGCAAUUUAGGAGGCAUGAAUGGCAGCAGCACAGGUACAACAAGUGGAUCAGUCAGCAGCGUAAGCAGUGGUGGAGAUACACCUCUCUCUCCAGUGCUGCCUCCUAGAGCACAAAUGUUAGUCAGCAACAGCAAACUGCUCCCUCCAUCACCAAAUAUGGUAGCUCAUCAUUCGGCUCCUGCACCUCAACAGAAGGGGGUUUAUCAACCGCUCACACCUCUUACAUGCAAACCCUUGGAAGUUAUGAAGGGAUCACCUGCCCCAGGAGAACCCGAAGAUCCUGUAGGAGGAGCUUGGGAUGCAGCUCCUCUACACCAGGCAGUCCCUGCUACAGUCACGCAUAAGCGUUCUGCCACUUUGGUUUGAGGCAGCACAGUGUUGUGCCAGGAUCUAGACGUGUCAUUCUCAAGUGAUGUACAUUUCAUAUUCUAGAAAGAGGCUUAUUGACUCCUGUAUUUCCAUAAUGGUGCUUCUGUCAUAAAGUGUAAAUACACAUUUAUAUAUAUUGUGAAUAUUAGGCAAUCAAAGAUCGUGAUUUUGAAUAUAUGCAAAAUAUUGAUUUUCUAUUUGAUUUUGAUCUCAUUGUAUGAUACACAACUUGUGUUCCUAUAUAGUUAAUUAAUGUAUAGACUUGUUAAUAUUAGAUGAUGUACAGCAUUCAUUUUAAACAGAUUAUCAAGCUUUGAUAGCUUGAUUAAAUUUAUUUGAAUAUCAAGCUUUGACAGUUUGAUUAAAUUUAUUUAAACUGUAGUGAACUUUUACAUUAAUACAGAAUUACACACACACACACACACACACACACACACACAUGCACAUACUUACAUUCACACGCAUGGACAUACAAACGUUUAAACAAAGGAAGUGAUGAAUGCUCACCUCCUAACUGUGAAGCCUCACUACUAAACAGAAUUAGAGUAGAGUUUGUAGUUUGAUUUUUCUACUGUGAUAUUGCAUUUUUUUAAUGUACAGAGAGGGGAACAUAUACUGUAUAUGAAAAUAAGAUACAUGUUUGUCAGAUGACAAUGUCGUAAACAAUUUUGGUUAUGGUAUAUUAUUUAUCAUACAAAUGGCACCUAAUGCUGUACCUGACAUAUUCCCACCAAUAUAACUCCAUUGUAGAUGUACUGUAACUUUUUGUUUAAUAAAUAAGUUGGUACAAAAGAUAGAACAAAUAGUGUAGGUGGUUACACUGAUUGGACUUCACGGGGCCAGUUCUAAACUUCCAUAGCUGGGAAUGUGGUCUUGAGGUCGUCGCAAACACUUGACAUGUGAGAUUUAGCACUCGGGUUUUAGAUUGAUUAUUUCUAAAAUUGUAUAAUUGAUGCCUUAUUUAUGGAAUUUCCUCGGUAAUUUGAAGCAAACUCUACACACUUUACUUUCAGUAGGUUUUCCCGUCUUGCCUAUAAUAUGUGCAUGCCAAUUCUGGCUUUGAAUUUUAGACAGAAACAAAAGUCAAUGGAAUCCAUUUGAUGCAAUGUGUUAUCUGACCAGCUUUUAAAUUAUCUAAUGGCCAGAACUGUAUUACUAGUCCUAGUUAGCAAAGGCCCUUUUGGUUAACAGUCAUAUUGAUUCUGUAUAUCUUUCAGAAAUUUGACUGCCCCGAAUAAAAUUAAAUUGAUUACCUUGAAUUCUAAAUUAAAUAAGCAGAAUAAAUGAAUAUUAGACAUAAUUAGGUCAGGCUGCUAAGUUAGUUUUGGUUCAUUUAAAAAAAUAAUUUGAAAUUAAACAUAGUUGUAUCUAUCAGUCUACAAGUUAAAAGCUUUGGGAAACCCAGAUAUUAAUGAAAUAUGGCUUGUUAGGUACUCUGGCUAUUAGGUUAUAUAAUAAUUAUAUAUAAAUAUGCACAAGAGUUCAAAGCAUUUAUAAACAAAUUACUCUCAGAUAUAUAAAUUUAAAGCAUCAGCUUAUGCAUUAAUCAGGCAUGCAUUUAAUAUUUUCUUUAACCCUUUGGCUGCUACAGUGCUUUACUUGACUUAAGCUGGGAAAAAAACAAAAAAAAAAGGUUCUAUCAUGUCACUUGACUUAAAACAACAAAAAAUGUACAGUUAUCAUGACAGUUGACUUGACUCAUUCUUGAUUACCAAAUGUGUCUUUAUACCGAAAUGUUCAGUAAUGUUGACAAACUUCAUAAGAAUGCCUUUGUGUGCUGCUUAAUACGUAAUGCUACUCUCCAGUGGUUACAGAGCUGAACUGAAUGUAAAUAUUGUAUCUUUUAAAAAAAAUACUUUUAUUGUAUUUUAAAUACACUUGAUUUAUUAAGCUUUAUGCAGUACUGUAUAUACAUUAUAUAUAUAUUUUUUUUAAUUUUAUAUAGAAUUAUAUUUAUUGUUUAUAAACAUUUUCAGCUUAGUAUUAAUUAGUUGGGCCAUGAUAAGUAUGAAAAGAUAAUUGUUUUUCAUAUUACAAAUUUUCAAAAUAGGUCAAAAAUAUAUACAGUUCUGUAUAUAAUUUGAGGAGGACAAAACAUAAUCUGCAAAGUACACAGCAACAGUAAAAAAAUGUAGCCAAAGGGUUAAGUUAUACUUAUGCAAGAUAUAUACCAACUGCCAUAUUGAAACACUUUUUAAGUGUUCUAUGUUGCAACACAGUUCAUCAUUUUCACGAGGAUAUCAAUACUGUAUGUUAUUUAGUGGUUUUGUUGUGUAGUGGGGCCUCACAGAAGCUACCAAAGAAAAGUGCCUUUGUUUAUACACACACUCACUUGUAGAUAUGUGUACAAAAUUUUGUACAGUGUAAUAAAGCGGAAUAUGACGAUAA